CAGUAUAAAAUAUAGCUGUCACAAAAUUUAUGCACACACAAGUUCUUUGCACUUCAGAAAGAACAUGGAGACCAUACUGGUAUUCGUCUUCGUGCUGAUUUCGGAAGUUACAAUCCGAGAUGUGGCUGCAUUUCCCGAUCAACAAGACUAUGGUGCCCUAGCAUUGGGUCCAGAUUAUAGUCCCUAUGGCCCGGGAAUUGGUCCCAGCUAUGGUAGUGGGGUUUUAGGAGAUACACUUACCAUGCCAGACCACAAGUUCAAUCCAGAUCCUAAGGUACAAUUAGAGAAAUUCGAAGUGCCACAAACCAUUAUAUUGCCGAGUCCUAAACCUGUUUAUUACAAUAGACCAGUCCACGUAGCAUCGAUAAAAACAGUCCCUUCUGAGAAUUCAAAAUAUUUCAAAGUUAUUUUAAAUAAUGGUGUACCAGUCAGACACGUUCGUGACUGGCAUAUUAAAUUGUAUAAGCCCUUUCCAGUUUUUGUCAAUAAGCUCGUGAAAGUACCUGUGCCGUGUCCAGUCAUUGUUCCAAUUGCACAGCCGUACCCAGUCAAGAUUUUCAAGGAUGUGCCAGUUGGUGUAAAAAGUGUCGUACCUGUAAAAAUACCGUGUUAUUACCCAGUGGUAAAGUACAAUCGUCUGUCAGUACCUUAUCCGCAGUACUAUCCAGUAAAAGUGACAGUUCCCAGCCCCUGCAUGAAAGGUGGCCUCAUUGUUGCACCUGGUGUUGAAGGUCUAAAUGGUGCACCUGAUGUAGAGGGCCUUUAUGAUGCGCGUGUUCUAGAAGUUCCUAAUGAUGCACCUAAUCCUGUAGGCCCAUUUAGUGCUCCAGGUUUGGGAGAUUCACUUUAUGGUUCUGGUUUUGGAGUUGACGUAGGAAAACUUAGUCCUGGAAUUUCCGGUUCUGGUCUUGGAGGUCCUAUUGAUGCUUCUACUUUAGGAGGUCAAUUUGGUACGCUUGAAUUUGGAGGUUACCAAAAUGUUUUUGGUUCUGGAAAUUUCGUUGGUGGUCCCGGUGUUGGUGGUGCUAUCAACCCAGGUCUUCAAGAUGUCUUUGGUGGUGUUCCGGUAAUUGGAGAUCGCUUUAGCGGCCAUGGUCCUGUUGGGGAUUAUGGACAUGCUUCGUGCGCUUAAUAAAACAUUUUGACCUCAAAUAGUUUAUUUUAAUUUAUGUAUAACGAUGUAUUUUCUUUUUUAAUAAAUCUAAGUGAAGUGUUCAGGAUAGCAUAAAUGUCACCUACAAUUAUUUAUAUUUAUAAUGAAUUUAUUUUUACUACUGAUGAUAAAAUUAUUUACUUUUGUAAUUAAUGCUCAAUGUAUAUAUAUAUAUAUAUGUAAAUAUAAAACUUUUUUUGUUUCCCUUUAUAUUUGCAUUAAAUAAAUUUCAUGAAAUUAA